GGGAGAGGGGAUACGGCGCAUGUGGAUGCACACGCGUCAUCGGUGCGAGUAAAGAAGAGAGGCCAAGGAUUCCCUACAGUGAGGGAGCUUUAUUCCCUCCACUCGACACCAAUCAGUGGUUUGGUGUACAACUUCAUCACAACGCCGGAGGAGCAAAACGACGCUAAGACGUGGAACAACCUAUCAGUUGCUGAAAACAUAUGUGCCCAGGACGUUCCAACAAAGGGCGCGGUCAAAGUACCUACGGCAUCUGCCACUCGUUACAACCCGCACAAGCAAGCUGCGGGAUCCCUACUCUGGCUCGACGCAGUAGAAUAUGGCAGGCGGAAUCACGAGCGAGGAUGUUGA